GCUGGCCGGUCCAGGGCCGGCUGGAGCAACGCCAGGCGAACGUUGGGGAUGCGAGGCAAGGCCAGGGGUGGGUAAGGGAGUGUGUCGGCCGCCACUACUACGGGCUGGGCUGGGUCCUGCUGCAGGAAGGAAUCCACCAGCUCCGGCACCGCGUUGUCAAAGGCCUCAAACUCCCGAAUCAGGACGGUGACUCGGGGACCAGUGGCGGGAGUACGGCGGAGGCCCCGUGCCCGGGAGUUUCUGGGUUGGUGUUGUAGCCACGACACAUAAAAGAAGACUAGGAGGUUGAGGAUGAUGGCGGCCGCCAGGGCAGCCCAGCAGCGGGCUCAGGUGGCUUUCCUCCAGGGCGAGAGGAAAGGCCAAGAGAAUCUUAAGACGGACCUGGUGCGGCGGAUCAAGAUGCUGGAGUAUGCGCUGAAGCAGGAGAGGGCCAAAUAUCAUAAACUGAAGUUUGGGACAGACCUGAAUCAGGGGGAGAAGAAAGCAGAUCUGUCAGAACAAGUCUCCAAUGGCCCUGUGGAGUCGGUCACACUGGAGAACAGCCCGUUGGUGUGGAAGGAGGGGCGACAGCUUCUGCGACAGUACCUGGAAGAGGUGGGCUACACAGAUACCAUCCUGGACAUGCGGUCCAAGCGUGUGCGUUCCCUUCUGGGCCGUUCAAUGGAGCUCAACGGGGCCACUGAGCCUAUCGAGGGGGCUCCCAGGGCUUCACCAGGCCCUGGGGGACUUAGUGGUGGCGAGUCUCUGCUGGUAAAACAGAUCGAGGAACAGAUCAAGAGAAAUGCAGCUGGCAAAGAUGGCAAGGAGCGCCUGGGUGGCUCGGUCCUGGAGCAGAUCCCCUUCCUGCAGAACUGCGAGGACGAGGACAGCGAUGAGGACGAUGAGCUAGACAGCGUUCAGCACAAGAAGCAGCGUGUGAGACUCCCUUCCAAGGCCCUGGUUCCUGAAAUGGAGGAUGAGGAUGAGGAAGAUGACUCAGAAGAUGCCAUCAAUGAGUUUGAUUUCCUGGGCUCAGGAGAAGAUGGAGAGGGGUCUCCAGAUCCUCGACGUUGUGCUGCAGAGGGGAACCCCCAUGAGCUGGAAAGCCGUCGAGUCAAACUCCAGGGAAUUCUUGCUGACCUCCGGGAUGUGGAUGGGCUGCCCCCCAAAGUGACUGUCCCACCUCCUGGCACACCCCAGCCCCGGCCUCAUGAAGGUUCCUUUGGCUUCUCCUCAGACGUCUUCAUCAUGGACACUAUCGGGGGCGGGGAGGUGAGCCUGGGGGACUUGGCAGAUCUCACCGUCACCAAUGACAACGACCUCAGCUGUGAUCUGUCUGACAGCAAAGACGCCUUCAAGAAGACAUGGAACCCCAAGUUUACUCUCCGCUCACACUACGAUGGCAUCCGCUCACUGGCCUUCCACCAUAGCCAGUCAGCACUGCUCACUGCCUCUGAGGAUGGCACACUUAAACUGUGGAACCUGCAGAAGGCAGUUACAGCCAAGAAAAAUGCUGCCCUAGACGUGGAGCCGAUUCAUGCUUUCCGUGCUCACAGGGGCCCCGUGCUGGCAGUCACCGUGGGCAGCAACAGCGAGUACUGUUACAGCGGUGGGGCUGACGCCCGCAUCCACAGCUGGAAGAUUCCGGACCUCAACAUGGACCCAUAUGAUGGCUACGACCCAAGCGUGCUGAGCCACGUCCUGGAAGGCCAUGGGGACGCUGUGUGGGGUCUGGCUUUCAGUCCCACCUCCCAGCGCCUAGCAUCCUGCUCCGCUGAUGGCACCGUCCGCAUCUGGGACCCCAGCAGCAGUGGUCCAAGCUGCCUCUGGACCUUCCCCAUGUCUGGAGAACACGGGAUCCCCACCUCAGUGGCCUUCACCAGCACCGAGCCUGCUCAUGUUGUGGCCUCCUUUCGUUCUGGUGACACCGUUCUUUAUGACUUGGAAGCUGGCAGCGCCCUCCUCACGUUGGAGUCCCGAGGGAGCAGUGGCCCACCACAGAUCAACCAGGUGGUGAGUCACCCCAGUCAGCCCAUCACCAUCACUGCGCACGACGAUAGGGGCAUCCGGUUCCUGGACAACCGCACAGGCAAAUCCGUGCACUCCAUGGUUGCCCACCUGGACGCAGUCACCUGCCUAGCCGUGGACCCCAAUGGCGUGUUCUUGAUGUCAGGAAGUCAUGACUGCUCUCUGCGCUUAUGGAGCCUAGACAACAAGACAUGUGUGCAGGAGAUCACAGCCCACCGCAAGAAGCAUGAGGAGGCCAUCCAUGCAGUGGCCUGCCAUCCCAGCAAGGCCCUUAUCGCCAGUGCUGGUGCUGACGCCCUAGCCAAGGUCUUCGUAUGAUCCCUCCUGGCCUCGCCCUGGCUACACACUGGCAGGGAGCGGGGCCAGGCCAGUGGGGCUGAGGCAGCCCCCAGCCUCCCUUGAGAGGCUCAGAGUCUCGGCCUCUUUCAUCUUCCUGGAGCCUGGUGGUGCUAAUGGCCCUUUCCCCAGGAAUUACCCCUUGAGGAUGGCCUCUGGGGUUUCUGCUCAUGCCCCAGCCCUAAUUCCUGAUAUAGCUGUCUCCUGAGUUUGGCACAGCCAGGGCUGGGUGUCCUUGGGGAUCUGUUUUUUUCCAAGACAAUAGAAGGUGCCAGGCUCCACCCUAGAGUGCCACCCCUCCUUCACCCAUCAGAUGAAGGGCUGUGCUGAGAGAGAGGGGUCUCCUGUGGCCCUCUUGUGUGGGCCCCAGGCUGUCCUCUUGGACCUCAGUCCCUUCCUCCUGCUUCCAACACUAACCAAGCCUCUGGGGCCAGGCCUUCCUGGGGAGGGCCUCCACGCCUCUGGGGCACUCUCCCAGCCACAGGCCCUCCUUGAGAUGUAGAGGGUGGAGUGGGCCCCGGACCCCUAGCUCGCUGUCUAUCUGUAUAAAUGAAUGGGAUUUUAACGGCGCCCACCCCACGUUAUCACUGUGUGAUAGUCCGUCAGUCUUGUCCCAGCUCCACACUUUUGCCUCUAUUUAUUUCACUCUUUAUUUGGGUUCCACCUUGUGCCCUUGGUUCCCCCUUCAGGUUCCUGUUUAUAAGACCCGUCCCUUUUGACCCCAACUUGUACGUGAAAAAACUGUCUCAAUAAACCCUUUGGAGUAA